GAGCUCAGGUCCCAAGUAGGCACUACGGCCGUCCUCCACUGCAUCGCCCAGAACGUAGGAGAGAAUACGGUGUCGUGGAUCAGAAAGGACUACCACCUCCUGACGGUGGGUUCUAAGCCUACAGCAGCGACGACAGGUUUCAGGUCCGCUACAUCAAGAACGAGAAUGACUGGCAGCUCCACAUCCGCUACGUACAGGUCCGGGAUGAUGGAGAAUAUGAGUGCCAAGUCUCCUCCCACCCCCCCGUCAGCCUCUUCUCUACCUUACAUGUCCUGGAGGCGACUUCAGAUCCUGGGAGGCCCUGAGAAGUACAUGACAGUGGGGAGUUCCUUGAGGCUCGUGUGUGUGCUGAGAGACAACACCCAGCCUCCUAGCUACGUCUUCUGGUACCACGACGAGCUCAUGAUCAACUAUCACGCCACCAGGGAGGUGAGGGUGGAGAACAACGGAGGUGUGAGUGUGCUGUUCCUGAACAAUGUACGACCAGCAGACUCCGGUAAUUACACCUGCUCCCCGUCCAACACCCGACCAGCCCACAUCUCUAUACACGUGUUAAAGGGUGGUGAGACUCCAGCUGCCAUACACUCAGGUGGUGCACGAUGUUGUUGUUGUCCUGUGUCGUCACUCAUGGUGCUGGUGACCACAGUCCUCUGGCUCACCUCCCACCACCUCCGCCCUGCCUCCUACACCACGGGUGUAAUAGGACGUGACCAAGGCCUGGCCGUCACUUAGAUAUAGAAGGUGGAGAGGCCGACGUGGGAUGCUGUGUGGCCUGUGUGUUACUCCUGCCGCAGGUGUGGGAGGACAUCGUGGCCUCUUGUGCGGGGCCUGGAUUAUAAUCCUGCACUAGGUGUGGUAGGACCUUGUGGCACUAGCCUACUCCUCGUGUGUGGCCCGGACUUCACUCCUGCAGCAGGUGUGGUAGAACCUUGUGACCCUGGUCUCCGCCAUGAGUGUGGCCCGAACUUUACUCCUGCAGCUGGUGUGGUAGAACCUUGUGGCCCUGGUCUCCGCCAUGAGUGUGGCCCGAACUUUACUCCUGCAGCAGGUGUGAUAGGACUUUGAGGUCCUGGCCUCCUCAUGUGUGUGUGGCCCGCUGAUACUAACUCUCGCUCGCCACUCUUUUGGCAAUAUAUCAAACGUCUGGUGGGAAAGUUUGUUGUUGGCUGACUGAUUCGCUGGCUGACUAACUCGCUGGCUGGCUGACUGACUGGCUGGCUGGGUAUGAAGCUCUACUAAGCUAGGGUGGGGACAGCCAGCCAACACCCUCCCACCAGCCACACACACACACACACACACAACAGUGAACAGUGACUGGUUGUGAUCUUUUAUAGUGACAUUAAUUUUUUACACUCAAGGAUUAUAUCUAGAUAAUUGAGAUAUAUUUAUAGAUAGUGUUUAAGGCCAGUGACUGUAUGUAUGUAUGUAUGUAUGUAUGUAUGUAUGUAUGUAUGUAUGUAUGUAUGUACACUGUAUUCACCUCGAGCAAAAAUAAAAUUAUAAUCUUUGAAAUUCAAACCUUAUAAUAAAAAACUGAAACUUAUAUCAGAAUAAAGCAGACUUGAUACCCGACGGGCGUCCUAUAACUGUUGUUGCCCAAAAAAAUAAUAAAUAAAAUACAUAAAUUGGCCAUAUAACUAAAGACAUCAAUGGAGAAAAAUGUUAGAAGCUACCGUGAAAUAAAUUCAUCUCAAACAUACGUCGAUACACUCAAACUGCUCCUGAGAGAACUGGCCCUAAGUCUCUGUUUAUCUGUCUGGGUUUGAAUUUCACAGAAGAUAUUCACGUUGUUGUAAAUCUUUCCUCUGCGUAUAAGACUCGCUCGCUAUCUGAACACUCUCUUUCUUCCCACCUGAGAAUGCUUCAACUUCUAUUUUUAUCAGAUAUUUCUAUAGUUUAUUCUGUCUAGUUUAUUCACUAUUCUGGUUCAUGUGACAGAUUAUCUUGUUUAUAGUUAGAGAAAUAUAUCGAUGUGGGUCUUGCAGGCGAUAUAAUGCUUCGUUGAUCUAUAAAACUAUUUUUUUUAUCUAUGAAACUGAGAUUUAUUGCUUAUUAAACUAAAAAUUUAUUUACCUGUGUGAAUGAAAAAAAAAAAUUAUACAUACGAAAAUGAAACUUCCUUUACCUACAAAAAAAAAUGCUGCUUUACCCCUGAAAAAAAUAUUACCUAUGUUAUUGAAACUUUAUCUGUGCAAAUGAAACUUUCUUUACACAUGGGACUGAAACUCCAAUCAUCUAUGAAACUGUCUCCUUCAGUAGCACGAUGGCGCUGUUCCCCGAGGUCCCUUCUGCAGGAUACACGGCGUUUUAACCAGCACUAUAUGAGCCCCACGUCUUGUGACACAACUCCUCUCGUGUCUACAGCGGGUGGGUGAGUCAGUGAGACACACAUGGUGGUAUACACAUUCUUGUAUUACUGGUAUACACACAGUGAUUACGAUAAGGGGUAAACACACACACACACACACACACACACACACACACACACACACACACACACACACACACACACACACACACACACACACACACACACACACACCACAAUGAAUCUAUACCAGGAACUAAACAAACACAAAGUUCAUGUAAAUGUACCUAUAGAGAAAAUUGCCAAUUAGCGAUAACAUCUAUGUAAUUUCUUUUUACUCCUAACUGGCCCAACGAGCAUGUAAAUAAUCACAAUACAUAUAAUAGUAUAACUUCAUACAAAACCUAACCUAACCUAGUUUAUAUAAUUAUAAUUUGUUGUAGUAUGAUGUGACACGACGGAUUAAUUGAAACAGAUUAACUUUUUAUCAUAUACGAAUUCAUUUCAAUUAAGUUGUAACAAUAAAAACAAAAAAAUGUCUGUAUUUCGCAAAAAUGUUUGUUGUUUUCUAAAGCUUAAUCGGCAAUGAUCCCUAUUAAAGGUAACAUAUUAACAUAUUCACAGUAUAUACGUGUACUGAAGAGGCUGCUCAAACACAGGUGUGCUGAACUCACUAAUAAUGACUCACCAUGGGAGUGAGUCACCUGACGGUGCAUCUGGCAGGUGGUCACACAGUACGGCUUACUGCCCAGGUGGAGGCGACUACCUGUGAAUAUUUAAUUAACGCUGAGAGCUGGAGCACUGACCAGGUGGCGAGGUAAUAUAAGGUCCGGGCUUACACGUGUCAACUGGUCACUAGUGUCACCUGGUCAUCACUUGGCCACUAGGAUCUCCAGGCCAUCAACGAGUCGCAGUUUCACCUGAUCUCAAGCGACACUAGAUCAUUACCUGGUACUUAGUGUCACCUGGUGAGCCAAGAUCCCUCUUGGCCAUACGUGCCAUCUGGUCACCACCUAGUCAUCACAGGGGGUCAUCACCUGGUCAUGAAAAUGCCACAUGGUCAUCAGCUGAUCAUGAAGGUGUCACCAGGUCAAUACAAGGGUCACCUGAUCACCACCUAGUUAUCACAAGGGUCAACUGGUCACCACCUGGUCAUGAAAGUAUCACCUGGUCAUCAGUACAUGUGACUGGGAUACUGCUCGUGUGAGUGUGACGUAACUUAUUGUCAACUGUUGCUCAAUCGCCAGUGUGUGUGUGUACUGUACUAUCAACAAGAUGUGUUAAGUUGUAUUUUUGUAAGUAGAUGACUCCUGUUCCGCGGUCAGUCAGUCCACACACAGACAUCCGCUCGAUUAAAAACUUUAUCAUUCUUAUCUUAAGGAGCUUAAGAUCACUGUUCAACUCACUAUAGGUUUAAUUAGUCGAAUUUAUACGUUUAACGAAUAUGAACAUGUUAUUAAAAAAAUUGUUCCUUUGUAUAUACGGCACUGACUGUUAAUUUGGACUCCCAUACGGUAUAGGAAAAUAUAAUGACUAUCUUUUGUAAGAUAUGUAUGGUAGAGCCAGCACAUGUAGUGCCUCGCUGUGAUAGGUGGAUCAUCUUUGUCAAAUAAAUGUAAACACAGCCCAGGUAAGACUCGGGCUGUGUCUUA